CUGCUGGACUGACAGAAACUAUGUACUGUAUAUUAUUGCAAUACUUUUGUCCGACAACGAAGUCGUCGUUUUUCAUAGUUUGGUUCUAAAAACAUGAAACCUUUUUUUCAAGACUAUUUAUUUAGGUGAGUUAAAUCAGAAGAUACUUCUUAAAAUCAUUCUCCUUGGACUGUUCUCCAAAAUGUAAUAUUUCAGCCCCUUUGCUUGUCUUCUCUCUGCUAUAAUUAGCAUAGCUUAGCAAGUCGUCAUUAAGUAAAUACUUUUGGAUAUUAAUAAAAAAAAAGAAAAAGGAACGCGAAGCAACCUGAUAUUUUGUCCGAGGUGAAACGAGGCUACAGUAAAAUGAUUCUGUUGGCUCUAGAGGAAGAUUUCGACUCGCGUUCCUUUUUUUAUUUGUUUAUUGAUUAAAAAAAACGAUAGUGACGUAUUUGUUCUCAGUUUUCCUCCGAGCAGUAACGGUUAACACCGUAAUAUGCCGGAGUGUGAGGGGGCUGGGUUUAAAUGCGCAGUGUGCCGGCAGGCACACAUACACACACGCACACCUACUGUACGUUGAUGGUGCCGCUCAUCUGUGGCAGUCUGUGACAGAGCGCGGAGACAGACCGGGAUAGAGCGGAGCUGAACACACACCAUUCCGGCCAGUCUACCAUGACAACUCCGACCACAGCCUGGACCAGACCGGUGAGCAGAACAGAGGACCGAACCGAAGGAAUGUGUGUGUCCACUGACACGCUGUAGUAAAGUCAUAUCGAGAGGUCAUUGGAGACGCCGCCGCCGCUGCCGCUGCUGCUGCCAAGUUUACACACAGAAUUGGCCGUCAGUCGCGCACACGGAGGUUCUGACAUGAAUGAAUAAAUGAAUGAAGUGAGGAAGGACGCCGGCUGUUGGAGACGCACAGACAUUUUUUUCUUCUUACAGGAUUGGAAGAAACGGUGAAGGCAACAUUGUCGAACCGUCCCCGCACAGGGAGACACACAGUUCCGACCUAGCGUUUGUGGAACAUUUUUGGUUUUUUGGAUGCGAGUCCAGCGCAUCAGUUCAGACCCAGAAGCCGUCAGACAAGCCGGAGGGAUUAAAUACCCAGGAGACUCACUUUACACAAAUAGAAACAUGUGAAGACCCUGGCCAAGAUUUCAUCUGAAAGGCUUGCUUUCAACAACAAAAAAGGCGGAGGUCUCUUCCCCUCUAACCCUCACCCAUUUUCGCUGCAUCCUCUGCACUUCCCCUCGUGAACAUGAAGGGCCGACAGGACACACUCAGGACUUUGUUGCCUGACCCCAAACUAGGUGUCACUGCUUUCCUAUUCUUUUGCCUUUUAGCGUUACCUGUCAUGUGCAGUGGGCAAACAUUUACUAGUUUCCAUCCUGAACGCCGGGAAUGGGUUUUUAAUCACCUGACAGUUCACCAAACCACAGGAGCGUUGUACAUCGGCGCCGUCAACCGUGUGUACAAGCUCUCAGGCAACCUUACUUUACUCGUCUCCCACGACACUGGACCAGAGGAUGACAACAAGGCCUGCUACCCUCCUCUGAUCGUCCAACCGUGUUCCGAGCCCCUCGUCUCUACCAACAACGUCAACAAGCUUUUACUGAUUGAUUAUUCCCAAAACCGGUUGCUAGCAUGUGGCAGCCUUUACCAAGGCGUCUGUAAACUACUCCGAUUGGAUGACCUUUUUAUCCUGGUGGAACCCUCGCAUAAGAAAGAGCACUACCUUUCUAGUGUCAAUCAGACUGGCACCAUGUACGGGGUUAUUGUCCCGUCACAUGGCCAGGAUGGAACUCUGUUUAUUGGCACAGCAGUUGAUGGAAAGCAGGACUACUUUCCCACCAUCUCCAGCAGGAAGCUGCCCCGUGACCCUGAGUCCUCAGCCAUGCUUGACUACGAAUUACACACUGACUUUGUGUCCUCUCUAAUCAAAAUACCAUCAGACACACUGGCACUAGUUUCCCACUUUGAUAUUUACUACGUGUAUGGUUUUGCCAGUGGCAGCUUCGUGUACUUUCUGACCGUGCAACCUGAGACGCCAGAGAAUGGCAUGUCCUCAACUGGAUCCACCAGCGACCUUUUUUACACGUCCCGCAUUGUCCGCCUCUGCAAAGACGACCACAAGUUUCACUCCUACGUCUCUCUCCCCAUUGGUUGUGUAAAAAAUGGCAUCGAGUACCGACUGCUGCAGGCCGCCUACCUUGGCAAGCCAGGGCGCGUGCUCGCCGCCUCGCUGAACAUCGGUGCCCAAGACGAUGUCCUCUUCACAAUCUUUUCCAAGGGCCAGAAACAGUUCCAUCGGCCCCCAGAUGACUCAGCACUCUGCAUCUUCACCAUCCGGGACAUCAACGCUCGAAUCAAAGAGCGGCUCCAGUCCUGCUACCAGGGAGAAGGACACCUUGAGCUCAACUGGCUUCUCGGAAAGGAUGUGCAGUGCACCAAAGCGCCCGUACCAAUUGACGACUCCUUCUGUGGUCUGGACAUCAACCAACCACUGGGGGGCUCCCAGCUGGUCACCGGUCACACGCUCUACACUGAGACGCGGGACCGCAUGACCUCCGUCACCUCUUACAUCUACAACGGUUACUGCGUAGCGUUUGUGGGCACCAAGAAUGGAAAGCUGAAGAAGAUCCGAGUGGACGGACCCCCGUACGGCGGCGCGCAGUACGAGACGAUAACGGUGGUGAAGGACGGCAGCCCUAUCCUGCGGGACAUGGCCUUCUCCCUCGACCGCAACUACAUCUACGUAAUGUCUGAGAGACAGGUCACCCAGGUUCCCAUCGAGUCCUGUGAACAGUAUGGAACCUGCGGGGAGUGUCUCAGCUCUGGAGACCCGCACUGUGGCUGGUGUGUCCUGCACAACAUCUGCACUCAGAGGAACCGCUGUGAGAGUGCAGAUGAGCCCUAUCGCUUUGCCGCUUCCCUCAACCAGUGUGUGAAGGCCACGGUGUACCCAGACAGCAUCGCAGUCUCAGAACCCAGCGUACCUCUGCUGAUCAAAGUGAGUGACGUUCCGGACCUUUCUGCCGGCAUCACCUGCUCCUUUGGCAACCUGACGGAGGUGGACGGCCAAGUCAACGGCAACCAGAUUCUCUGUGUGUCCCCUGCUGCCAAAGACGUCCCGGUCAUCCCCACUGACCAGGACUGGUCAGGCGUGGAGUUACGACUCAACUCUAAGGAGACGGGUCAGAUGAUAAUCAGCACCGAGGUCAAGUUUUACAACUGCAGCGUCCACCAGCUGUGUCUGUCAUGUGUGAACAGCGCCUUCCGCUGCCACUGGUGCAAGUACCGCAACCUGUGCACCCACGACCCCUCCAGCUGUUCCUUCCAGGAGGGACGGGUCAACACUUCAGAGGAUUGUCCCCAGCUGGUGCGCUCUGAGGAGAUUUUGAUCCCAGCAGGGGAGGUGAAGCCCAUUACCCUGAAAGCCAGGAAUCUGCCACAGCCCCAGUCUGGGCAGCGGGGCUACGAGUGUGUCCUCCAUAUUCAAGGUGUCAGCCACAGAGUCACUGCCCUGCGCUUCAACAGCUCCAGUGUUCAGUGCCAGAACAGCUCGUAUCUGUACGAAGGAAUGAAGAUCAGUGAGCUGCCAGUGGAUUUCUCAGUGGUGUGGAACGGCAACUUCAUUAUUGAUAACCCAGAGAAUAUCCAAGUUCACCUCUACAAGUGCGCUGCUCAGCGAGACAGCUGCGGCAUGUGUCUGAAGGCGGAGAGGAAGUUCCAGUGCGGUUGGUGCAGCGGAGACGGGAAGUGCACCCUACGACACCACUGUCCUCCCAUCAACCCUUACACCACUCGCUGGCUGAACCUGUCCAGUAAAAACGUCAAGUGCACCAACCCACGCAUCACUGAGGUGACACCGGUGGCCGGACCCCCAGAAGGAGGGACAAGGGUGACCAUCCGUGGCACAAAUCUGGGUCUGGCCUUUGCAGACAUGGUGGAUAAUGUGGAGGUGGCAGGAGUGAGGUGUUCUCCUGUAGAGGAUGGCUACAUUAUUGCUGAACAGAUUGUCUGUGAGAUGGAUCCCACUCCCAGAGACAGUAGACCUGGUCCAGUCCAGCUGUGUGUCGGAGAGUGCCGACCAGAACUCAGGGCUCGCUCCGCACACCUCUACUCCUUUGUGACUCCCACAGUCACAGCUCUGUCCCCGAGCAGAGGUCCAGAGUCUGGAGGCACCAAGGUGACCAUAAUGGGAGAGAACCUGGGCGCGGGCAGCAGCGUCAACGUCCAGUUUGGAAACCAAACCUGCGAGUUCUUUGGACGGACUAUGACGGAGAUCAUUUGCUACUCUGCGCCUUCUCUGUCUGGUGUGGGCCCAGUGCAGAUCAGCGUCAGCGUGGAUCAUGCCCAAGUCAGAGACAGCCUCACCUUUGAGUAUAUCGAGGACCCCACUGUCCAGAGGAUCGAACCGGACUGGAGUAUUGCCAGUGGCCACACCCCUCUGAUGGUCACAGGGACCAAUCUGGACGUGGUUCAGGAGCCGAGGAUUCGAGUCAAAUAUGCUGGUCGAGAGUCUGUCAAUGUGUGUAAGGUGAUGAACACCACCAGUAUGUGCUGCUUCGCCCCCUCCCUGAUGGCAGAAUACUAUCCCGGUCUGGACACAGUGAAGCAUGCGGACGAGUUUGGCUUCAUCUUCAACAACGUCCAGGCGCUGCUGGUCUACAACAACACCAACCUUCUCUAUUACCCCAACCCUUACUUUGAGCCCCUCAGCAACACUGGUGUGCUGGAGCAGAAGCCUGGCUCACCCAUUAUUCUGAAGGGCAGAAACCUGAUCCCACCAGCCUCAGGAGGGGUAAAGCUGAACUACACGGUAAUGAUCGGAGAGACCCCCUGCUCUGUCACUGUGUCUGAGAGCCAGCUGCUGUGUGAGCCGCCCAACCUGACUGGCCAAUACAAAGUCAUGGUCCAAGUGGGUGGUCUCCACGUGUCCCCCGGCACAGUCAACAUUAUGUCUGACAGCCUCCUGACCCUUCCUGCCAUCGUCAGCAUCGCCGCCGGCGGAGGUCUCCUGCUGAUCAUCGUCAUCCUCGUCCUCAUCGCCUACAAGAGGAAGUCACGUGAGAACGAUCUCACCCUGAAGCGCCUGCAGAUGCAAAUGGACAACCUGGAGUCACGUGUGGCCCUGGAGUGUAAAGAAGCCUUUGCCGAGCUGCAGACAGACAUCAAUGAGCUGACCAGUGACCUGGACAGGGCUGGAAUCCCCUAUCUGGACUACAGAACAUACGCCAUGCGAGUCCUCUUCCCCGGUAUAGAAGAUCAUCCCGUCCUCAGAGAACUGGAGGUGUCGGGUAACGGCCAGCAGAACGUGGAGAAGGCCUUGAAGUUGUUCGGACAGCUCAUCAACAACAAGGUGUUUCUGCUCACUUUCAUCCGCACACUGGAAACUCAGCGGUCCUUCUCCAUGAGAGACCGCGGUAACGUGGCCUCACUCAUCAUGACGGCGCUGCAGGGGCGGCUGGAGUACGCCACCGAUGUCCUGAAGCACCUGCUGUCAGACCUCAUCGACCGCAACCUGGAGAGCAAAAACCACCCAAAGCUGCUGCUGCGCAGAACCGAGUCAGUCGCUGAGAAGAUGCUGACAAACUGGUUCGCCUUUCUCCUUCACAAAUUUCUCAAGGACUGUGCCGGAGAACCACUGUUCAUGUUGUACUGUGCCAUCAAGCAGCAGAUGGAAAAGGGACCCAUCGACGCCAUCACUGGAGAGGCGCGCUACUCCCUCAGUGAAGACAAACUCAUCCGCCAACAAAUAGAAUACAAAACCCUGAUCCUGAACUGUGUGAACCCAGACAACGAGAACAGUCCGGAGAUUCCUGUGAAGGUGUUGAACUGUGACACCAUUACCCAAGUGAAGGAGAAGAUACUGGACGCUGUUUACAAGAACAUGCCCUAUUCUCAGCGACCACGUGCUGUAGACAUGGAUCUUGAGUGGCGUCAGGGGCGAAUGGCUCGUGUGGUGCUGCAGGAUGAAGACAUAACCACCAAGAUAGAAAAUGACUGGAAGCGGCUCAACGCUCUAAUGCACUACCAGGUGUCCGAUCGCUGCGUCGUGGCCCUGGUGCCAAAGCAGACGUCCUCAUACAACAUCGCCAACUCUGCCAGCAUAUCGCGCUCUUCCAUCAGCAGAUACGACUCUUCAUUCCGCUACACGGGCAGUCCUGACAGCCUGCGAUCACGAGCUCCGAUGAUCACCCCUGACCUAGAAAGUGGGGUCAAAGUGUGGCACCUGGUGAAGAACCAUGAGCAUGGGGACCAAAAAGAAGGAGACCGCGGGAGCAAAAUGGUCUCUGAGAUAUAUUUGACCAGGCUGCUCGCAACUAAGGGUACGCUACAAAAAUUUGUGGACGAUCUGUUUGAGACGUUGUUCAGCACAGUCCACAGGGGGAGCUCUCUACCGUUGGCCAUUAAAUACAUGUUUGACUUCCUGGACGAACAGGCCGACAGACAUGCCAUCCACGACACAGACGUACGACACACGUGGAAAAGUAACUGCCUUCCACUGCGUUUCUGGGUGAACGUGAUCAAGAAUCCGCAGUUUGUGUUCGACAUCCAUAAGAGCAGCAUCACAGACGCCUGUCUGUCUGUGGUUGCUCAGACUUUUAUGGAUUCCUGCUCAACAUCUGAGCACCGCCUCGGCAAAGACUCUCCGUCCAAUAAGCUGCUGUAUGCUAAAGACAUCCCCAAUUACAAGAGCUGGGUAGAAAGGUACUAUGCAGACAUUAACCGCCUGCCGUCCAUUAGUGACCAAGACAUGAAUGCCUACCUGGCAGAACAAGCCAGGCUCCACUCCAUGGAGUUCAACAUGCUCAGUGCCCUCAAUGAGAUUUACUCCUACGUCAGGAAGUACAGUGAGGAGAUCAUUGCAGCUCUGGACCAGGAUGAACAGGCCAGGAAGCAGAGGCUGGCCUACAAGGUGGAGACACUCAUCUCUGCUAUGUCCCUCGAGAGUUGAGAGUGACCCCUACUGACGAUAAGAGGACCACAGUCUGUACUGGACCAAUAUAAUUUACCUCUUACUGUGGAGACCCUGGGAUCUGAGCGUCCAUUCACAAAGAGACAAACUGCAACUUUUGUGUUACAUCCCUUCUGUUCCUCUCAUGGUGACGUAAAACUCUGGGUCCACAGACUGAGAAAACCUGAGGCACGAGACUAAAACAUCAGAGGAGAAGACAGCCAGCUCGCCCUGUGUUUACUAUGUUUUAUUUUUUCCCCCACAAAAGACGUUUUCUCUCAGUUCCACCUGGACGUGAGCAGGAGAAUAAUAACCAGAUCGAGAAGCACAGGAGUCGAUUUCACGUUGGUCUGCUGGGUUCACAUUCAGGUUUCACUCAGAUUUUAUUUUUGUACUCCUACAUUUGAACACGAUCCGUCGCCAUGGAAGUAUCUGCAGCACCGUGUUGUCAGAGUUGGAUUUCAAGCUUGUGCAGAUGUUUAACAGGCCGCUGGCCGUGUCUUCUCUGACUCCUCGCCUGUGGACAGGAGGUCAUGUGACCUGGGCUUAUUCUCCCAGUCCACACUAAAAGGCCACAUUUCAGCCAGCAUGCUUGCACCUAACCAUGAGGUUGAUGGUGACGAGGUCCGUAGAGUAUUUCGGAGCUGACCAUUAAUCAGCAUCGCUCUGGUGACCGAGGCUCUGAGGUCAUCGGUGUGUGUGUGUGUGUGUGUGUGUGUGUGUGUACUGGACAAUACUUGCCAAUUAGUGUAGUAUGUGAAUGUACAAAACUCUUUUUUUUUUUUUUUUUUUUUUUGGUUGUUAGAGUUCAGCAAAGACAAAGGGGAAUCAGUUGAACUGAUUUCAUUAGUUCAUUUCAGCACCUCAUCAAGUGAACAGCUCCGCUGCUGUCCUGACUUCACAGCAACCGUUCCUGCCGGAAAAAUAUGGUUUUCCUGUCACAUUAUUUUACUUGAAGAGAGUGUGUGUGUGUGUGUGUGUCGCUGUAUCUCGUCGGCAUUGUGGCUGGAGCUGCACUAGUGAAAGGUCGUUGGCUGCCGCAGACUGAAGCUCUUCAUUAAUGUGUCUCUAUAGAAGCCCCUUUGUGUCCAUGCAUGCAGAAACACAUGUGGUGUGUUUAAGACUCCAUCGUUGAAUUUUUCUCCAGUGCCAUUGAAUGAUGCCAGUUCUAGUUAACCAGCCCAGAUAAGUAGAUGAAUGGAGACUUUUCCUGACUGCCACCCAUACAUUCUGACCACAAGAAGCCAAGCUGCAUGGGUCGACGUCGACCAAGUGCCAAAAGAUACUGUGGUAUCAGAUUCUUCGCCGAUGUGUCAAAAUAGCAGUUUAUGCUUUACACUGAGAGCGAGGUCCUGAGGUCAGAGAGUGGAGAGCAGGAACGUAUUUAUAAACCUGUUUGAAAAAAAAAAAAGGUACGAAACGCAAGCAGAGUCAGCGAGGAGUGAGAGAAGAGUGGGAAUUCAAACAGGUUUUGUGGAUGUUUCUUUGGACUAAAACUAAAAACACUGCUAAAAGGCUGCAGUGACCCCUGACCUUUCAGCUGGAUAGCAAACUGUAGACUUCAUCCUCUGGUGACGAGACUUUUUUUUUUCUCUGAGAUCCACGACAUCUUUGCCUUUUGUUUACAUGGAGUACUUGAAAAUAUGUUGCGUUAAUGAGCUUUGUGUGUGUGUCAGGUCUGACCAACACCACCAGUGGGCGAAAGGUGUUUGUUUUGUUUUGUUUUUUUCUUGAGGCCUUAGAAAUCUUCCUGUUCAUUCUUCCUGAUCUCAGUUUGGACCCAGUCCUUUCAGUUCAUCAGCGACCAGAAUAUCUCUCAUUCCAGAGACGUCUGUUACAGGCAGACGAGUGUGAGUGAAGGUGAAGAGGUGUACGGCCCC